UUAUACAAGCACAAAUUAGAGCUGGCCUCCCAAAGCUAGUGGAAGUCUGAUGCUCGAGAAUUUGGCAUGAUGUCAGCCUUUCAGAGAGUACUUUAAAUGUUUUGGUUUGGGAGCUAAGGCAGCAUUUCCCACUUGUCAACAUGAACAACGAAGGCAAAAAGCAAAGAACACUUCCUUCAGUGCCAGUCAGAUGUUAGACUCAGUUGCUGAUCCAAUCUCAUCUGCAGGGACUGUGGAGACUGGAAGAAUUGAUCUUUGCCUCCAGAAGCUACGAGAUGGACAACUCAACGACCACAGAUCCUCCAAACCAGCCCUGCGCCCGGAACACCCUGAUCAUGCAGCAGAUCAUUCCCGUGCUGUACUGUGGGGUCUUCAUCAUGGGUAUCCUCCUCAACGGAAUAUCAGGAUGGGUCUUCUUCUAUGUGCCCAGCUCGAAGAGUUUUAUCAUCUAUCUCAAGAACAUCGUUGUGGCUGACUUUCUGAUGAGCCUGACCUUCCCUUUCAAGGUCCUCGGUGACUCAGGCCUCGGUCCCUGGCAGGUGAAUGUGUUUGUAUGUCGGGUCUCUGCGGUGAUCUUCUAUGUUAACAUGUACGUGAGCAUUGUGUUCUUUGGGCUCAUCAGCUUUGACAGGUACUAUAAAAUUGUGAAGCCCCUCUUGACUGCUGUCAUCCAUUCAGUGAAUUACAGCAAACUGCUGUGCGUGUGUGUGUGGAUGCUGAUGCUGCUCCUUGCUGUCCCAAACAUCAUUCUGACAAACCAGAGUGUCGAGGAGGUUACGAAAAUUCAAUGUAUGAAACUCAAAAAUGAGCUGGGACGGAAGUGGCACAAAGCAUCUAACUAUGUCUUCGUGAGCAUUUUCUGGAUUGUGUUUCUUCUGCUAAUCAUCUUCUACACCGCCAUAACGAGGAAGAUCUUCAAGUCUCACCUCAAGUCCAGAAAGAAUUCCAUCUCCGUCAAAAGGAAGUCUAGCCGCAAUAUAUUCAGCAUUGUGCUGGUAUUUUUUGUCUGCUUUGUACCUUACCACAUUGCCAGAAUCCCCUACACAAAGAGUCAGACAGAAGCCCAUUACAGCUGCCAGUCAAAGGAAACCCUGCUCUACGUGAAAGAAUUCACGCUGCUACUCUCUGCUGCAAAUGUAUGCCUGGACCCCGUUAUCUAUUUCUUCUUAUGCCAGCCAUUUAGGGAAGUCUUAAAUAAGAAGUUACACAUCUCAGUAAAAGUACAGAAUGAAGAAGAACAAACCAAAAGGGGAAAUACGAUUCAUGAAAGCACAGAUACUUUGUAAAUUCCCAUCCCCUUCCAGGUAUUGUCCAUCUUGCUACAUGAUUGAGAUGUAUGAAUACAAAACAUGCUUAGGAUGAUAAGUAAGUUAUCUAGCAAUACUAUCCAAUAAUUAAGCAUGAAUCCAAAAAAAGUACAAUAGAAUUCAGACAUAAGUUUCCAUGUAAGACAGAAGUCUGCCACACAUCAAAAUAUAUCAGAAAUAGAGUGAAGAAAAGGCAUAUGGGUGUUGGUCUAUGAGUUACCAGAACUAAAUUCCUUCUCUGCUAUUAACUGGCUUCUUAGAAGACACCCAGUCUUUCAGAUGUUCCUCUAAGUAUUCUUCUAAGGAAUGCUCAUAUCUAUGUCAUGCUUUGCACUAUGUAUGUACCAAUAAAUGUCUUCAAACCCAUCAGGAAGUUCUGUACUAAUAACGAGCAUAUAAAGGGACGCCCCCAGAUUUCCUCACGUCUGCACGCGGGUCAGCAAAGCCUGCUCAGUCAUACACUGAGGAGGAUACUCAGAAAGCGGAAACGUUCUUCUCGUCUCUGGCCUUCCCAGUGCUAUUAAAACCUCAGCCCAGACGUAGCCUAAACUGAAACAGAAAGGUUUCUGUGCUUGGCUUGGAAUCAUUUCCCAUUUUCCCAAGGGCUCCAUGCUUCCAAUGACCAGUCAAAUAAAGUCUCAAAAAGAACAAAA